AUGACAUCCAUAACGCAGAACCCUGGAGCCUCUCUGAUUGCGCAGCUAGCGUCUCCGCCAAAUAUAUCUCUACAACUGCUCGGAACGCACACGGCCGGCGACCAGACCAAAGUUGUCGAUUUCGAUCUCUGGAUUGAUUGUUCAAAGAAGGCGAAAAUCAAGUCGAGAAAAUUCUUAACUGAUAAUGAAAUUGAUCAUCGCUUUUGGGAUCAUUCCGAUGAAUCCAGUGACAGUUUCUCGGCAACCUCAUCUAAUUGGCUUGAAGAUUGGCUUGGUGACAUCAACGAUGGAAGAAGCUGGAAGAUCAGCAAACUACUCUCCUUGCAUAAUAGCGAUUCUGCUGCUACAAAAACCUACGCAGAGGGCCUCGCAUGCAAAGUUGCAUAUGGCGGAUCCAUCACAGUUGAAGUUCACGCACCACCCCUCGAGGUGGAUGCCUCUGAGUACGCCGCAGUUGUUCAAGCGGAAUGGAGCUUUGGCAGUCCUUUGAUUCCCAUGGAGAGUCUAUGGGACCUGUUGGUAAUGAAUGCAAUGGUGGAUCGCAGAAGAGGAUUUAUCUCUGUUGAUGAGCCGCCACGACCAUCCUACGGAAGGUCACCGUUUCGUAGGGCCAUAAAAUCCGAUAACACUUCUACAAUCAUAUCAGAAGCCCAAAAUGAAGAGGGGUUCAAGCACACAGUACUGCAAUACUCAAAUUGGGGAUCUAAUACUUAA